GCUGCAGGGAGGCGGAGAAGUGGCCGAGUGUCGGAGGGUAACGGAGAGGGUGGAGAGGCCUCAAACCCAGAAUAAGAAACUAUCGGUCCCACGGUUGCAUUGACCUGGGUGGUAAUUGUAGCCUCUCUGAUAUUAGAAGAGCAGGAGACGGAAUUGGAAUGGAGACAGAAAACUCAAACCAAGAUCAUAUCAGGAUCUGAUGCCAAUUCACCAUAACCCAAAUAUCAUUGGAUUUUGAACAUGGAAGCAAAAAGCACCAUUCACAGUGGACAGAAACCGUACAUGUGUUCUGUGUGUGGACGAGGAUUCAGCCAAUCAUCUGGCCUGUUGAAACAUAAAUGUAGUCUCACUGGGGAUAAACUGUGGAAAUGUGGGGACUGUGGGAAGGGAUUCAGAUUCCGGUCUGAACUGGAAACUCAUCGGCGCAAUCACACUGGAGAGAGGCCUUUCAUCUGCUCUGAGUGUGGAAAGGGAUUCACUACUUCAGCCAUCCUGCUGACACACCAGCGAGUUCACACUGGGGAGAGACCAUUCAUCUGCUCCAAGUGUGGGAAGGGAUUCACUUGUUCAUCCCACCUGCUGAAGCACCAGUGGGUUCAUACUGGGGAGAGGCCAUUCACCUGCCAUGAGUGUGGGAAGGGAUUCACUACCUCAUCCAUCCUGCUGAUACACCAGCGGGUUCACACUGGAGAGAGACCGUUCAUCUGCUCUGAGUGUGGAAAGGGGUUCCCUACCUCAUCCACCCUGCUGAAACACCAGCGAGUUCACACUGGGGAGAGACCGUUUGCCUGCACUGAGCGUGGAAAGGGAUUCACUGAUUCAUCUGACUUGCUGAAACACCAGCGAAUUCACAAUGAGGAGAGGCCAUUCACCUGCUCUGACUGUGGGAAGGGAUUCACUCAAUCAUCCACCCUGCUGAAAUACCAGCGAGGUCACACCGGGGAGAGGCCAUUCACCUGCUCUGAGUGUGGGAAGGGAUUCACUCAGUCAUUCAUUCUGCUAAAACACCAGCGAGUUCACACUGGGGAGAGGCCGUUCACCUGCUCCAGUUGUGGGAAGAGAUUUACUGAUUCAUCGACCUUGUUGAGACAUCAGAGAGUUCACACUGGGGAGAGGCCAUUCACUUGCUCCAUGUGUGGGAAGGAAUUCACUCAGUCGUCCAACCUGGUGAAACACCAGCGGGUUCACACUGGGGAGAGGUCGUUCAUUUGCUCGAAGUGUGGGAACGGAUUUACUCAGCCACCUCACCUGCUGAAACACCAACAAGUUCACAAGUGACUGCAGUGAUUGGAUUUUGCAGUCAAUCAUGGCCAGGACUGAACUAUAUUCAUUGGUGACAAAAUAAAAACAGAAUUACCUGGAAAAACUCAGCAGGUCUGGCAGCAUCGG